AUGGGAAACUCAGAUGCGUCUGUCCCUCUCUUGGGCGGAAAAGCCUCUAUUGAUCCAAGUCUAGCAGCCUUGUUCGAGACGAGUGCUGGCCCUGUCAAAGCCCCGUCUAUCCCCACCAAGGCAGAGAAACGGGCCGCGGAGGACGAUGAAGAUGAGAUCUCAGAACUGGAGGACGAGUCUUCCCCCGAGGACGAAGAGAUGCAGGAGGCUCCGGAAGCCUCCAGCGAUGCUGAGAGUGAAUCGGCUCAGGUAGCCGCCGAGGCACCUAGCCGUAAACGAAAGAGGACAGCUGCAGAAGAUGUCGAAGAUUCAUACAUGCGCCGCAUAGCGAAGGAGCAAAAGAAGGAAGAUGAUAAGCGACGAGAAGAGAAGGCUAAGCGACAGAGGACUGUAGAUGGCGAGCAAGAGGACAAUGAGGAACAAUCUGAGGAUGAGGAGGAUGACGAAGAAAGCUCUUCAGAGGAUCAGGGAAAGAGGGAGAUCCCGAAGCACGAGAGCCAGACCGGAGACGCUGAGUCCAAGGAAGUGGAGAAAUCCAACCGGACUGUCUUCCUGGGAAACGUGUCGAGUGAGGCGAUCAAGUCCAAGUCCGCUAAGAAGACUCUGCUCAAACACCUUGGAUCUUUUCUCUCUACACUUUCAGAGUCUACGGGGCCUCAUAAAGUCGAAUCGAUUCGCUUCCGUUCUACGGCUUUUGCCAGCGGUGGCCAGGUUCCCAAGCGAGCCGCAUUUGCCAAGCAAGAGGUCUUGGAUGAUACCACGCCAUGCACCAACGCGUAUGCCGUCUACAGCACCGUGCAAGCUGCGCGGAAGGCGCCCGCUGCUCUCAAUGGCACGGUGGUUCUGGAUCGCCAUCUGCGUGUCGACAGUGUUGCGCAUCCCUCCGCAACCGAUCACAAACGGUGUGUUUUUGUCGGUAACCUGGACUUUAUCGACAACGAGGUCAAACCCGAUGACGAAAAGAAGAAGAAACAGAGAGCACCCGCAGAUGUGGAGGAAGGAUUGUGGCGGAUUUUCAAUGCCCACACUGGUGGGAAGAAAGAGGAAUCCAGGAACGGUAAUGUCGAGUCAGUCCGCGUGGUUCGUGACCGUCUUACUCGGGUCGGCAAAGGAUUUGCCUACGUCCAAUUCUAUGAUCAGAAUUGUGUGGAAGAAGCUCUUUUACUCAACGGCAAGCACUACCCGCCCAUGCUUCCCCGCAAACUCCGAGUGUCGCGGGCCAAGAAGAUACUGAAGAAACGUGGAGACAGCGGCAGCCAAGGGAAGAAACUCGGAGAAGCCGACAAGACCCUUCAGGGUCGUGCUGGCAGGCUUUUCGGUCGGGCCGGUGCGGCCAAGUUGAAGGCUGCUGCAAAUACGUCCAUCUCGCAAAACUCUCUGGUGUUCGAAGGCCAGCGAGCCACUGAAGGGUCCUCGCGCAUCCGGGUGAAGACGAAGAGCCGUGGGUCCAAGGGCAAGCCGAACAACCGGAGCAGCAAGCGUGCUGCGGCCUACAAAGCCGCCGGAGGGUGGAAGGGGAAGACGGCGAAUUAG